AUGUUAAGUAAAUCAUCAACAUUUCAUGUAUCAACACGUCAUAUCUAUGAGCAUCAAUUACAAUAUCUUUCUUUAAAUCAUUAUCAUAAUCAAAUAAAACAACCAAUAGAUAUGAAUAAUAAUAAUAAUAAUAAUAAUAAUCAUUUAAAUAUUGAUUUCAAUCAACCAACUGAACAUGAUGAUGAGAAACAUCCAGUUGCAGUAGUCAAUUCAAAUAUGUUUCGUUCAGAAAUUGUAUUCAAUUCUAAAGAAAGUGGAUCAAUGCAUAAUACUACUCAUAAUUAUAAUUUAAGUAAUAUCUCACCGACUAAUUCAUGUUAUACUGAUUCUUCAAAUGAUAAUCAUAUUACUUGUGAAUUAAAUGAUAUUCUGGAUAUUGAUGCAGUUGAUAAUUGUAAUAAUAACGAUGAUGAUGAUGAUGUUAAGGAUAACUUUGAUGACAACAUUGAUGAUUAUGAUGAAGAUGAUGAUGAUGAUGACCGUAAUCUGUAUAAUAAUGAUGAAGUUGAUGAAUUAUUCUUUUUUAUACCACCUAUGCCUUCUAAUGAAUAUAAACAAACAAAUCAAUUAAAUCGACAUCAGUCGGAUUUAUAUCAGCCAAAUAUAAAUAAAAUGUAUAAAUUUUACAAUGAUUCAUAUAACAAUGCAUUUCAAUGCUCACAAACAGGUCCAAAUUUAAAAGAACGUAUAACACGUACACAAAAUAUUUGGUGUUUACCAAAUUUAAAUAGAACUGAAUCAGAAAAACUAUUGAAAUUUGCUGAAAUUGGAAAUUUCAUUGUUCGUGUCAAUCAACGAAAUUCCAGUAUGGUAUUGACACGUGUCUGUCCACCGUCAACCAUGUUAUAUCCGAUCAAUAAACGGCAUCAUCAUUUACAUGGUAAUGACGAAAAAAAUAAUGGUGAUGAUAAAAACAAUCGAUAUCGUAAUGGUUAUUUACCAAUUAAACAUAAUUUAAUUGAAAUUCUACCAUAUGAUGGUUAUUGUUUAACUGGAGAUAAGAAAAUGCGUUUAAUAUUUAAAAGUUUAAUACAUUUAUUAGAAUUCUAUUUACUUGUUCAAGUAAAAAGAACUCGUGGAUCAUUUCUUCGUUUACCAUCAGCAAUAUGUCGAGCAAAAUCACUGAAAGAAUUAGAACAGCUCAAUAAACAAGGAAUAGAAUUUUGGAAAUCAAUCAAUAAUUGGAAUACUGAUCAUCAAUUAUUCUUGAAAAAUUCAUCUUUUUUUAAUUCAAAAUUGUUAACAUCAACCAAUUCAAUGAAAUCAUCAGUAUUAAGAAAUCCACAAGACAAUAAUAAUAACAUGUCGGUGAAUCAAUUAUCACAACAACAAACACUAAGAGAAUAUCCACGUUGGAGACAAAUGAAUAUGAUUGGUAGUAGUAGAGAUCAGAAACUAAUGACAUCAGCAACAACGUCAAUUACUACUACUACUACUAAUACUACUACGACAACACCACGUAUACGACCAAGAGCAAGUUCAGUAAAUGAUCGUUCAUCACGACAUCAUUAUGCAACAAAAUUGAAAUGUGAAGAAUUUGGAAAACCAAUAAAUAUUAAUAAUAAUAAUAAUAAUAAUAAUAAUAAUAAUAAUAAUCAUUAUAACAAUAAUAAAAUUAAUCAUACAAACACUUUUUUAAGAACAAUGAAACAAAGAUUAGAUUUUAGAAAUAAUUAUUUACAUAAAACAAAUGAUACUAAUCAUAAUAAUAAAGUAGAUCGAUUACAAUCAGUAAAAUAUUCUAGUCAACAGAAUACAAAUAAUAUUCUACCAUCAACAUCAACAUCAAUGUCAUCAUCUUCAAAUGGACCUAUCAUUACUACAACAACAACUCAACAAAUAUUACCUUUAAAUAAAAUUAAUAAAAUUAAUGAAUGUUCUACUCAUCAAUCCAAUUCAAAUCGACGUCAUCAAAAUGGAGUAUAUGAAGGAGCUGAAAAUGAAUUUUGGGAUGCUGUGUUGCAAGUUAAAUCUUCAAAUCCAGUUCAUAAUGUUGAAUCACAAGUAUGGCGUUCAUGGGGUCCAAAUCAAAAUGUAAAACAUCCUAUGAAUAUUAAUAAUACACUCAGUAGUGUUAAUACUUCCAUCAUUAUUACAACUACCACUAGUACUAAUAGUACUACUACUGCUACUAAUACUACUAUUACAGCAAAUACUGACACUAAUAAUAAAUCACAGCAAGGAAAAUCAUUCACUUCAACUUUUUAUCCGAAUAACACCACUUGUGAACCAAUAAAAUCCAGUACUAAUAGCAAAAAUAACAUUGAAUAUUGUGAAUUACACUUUUCACAUGACACUGUCAAUUCACAAGAUAAAAAGCGUCAAUUAAGGCAUCAAUUCUCAUUACCAUCGGAUAAAUUUCAUUCCAUAUCAGAUCCAUAUGAUCAACAAUUGACAACUAAACCUUACCAAUCAACAAUACAACCUGUAUGCAUGAAUUCUGUAAACAAUAAUACAGAGACUACUACAAAUGAUAACAUUUCUGGUCAUACAACCACUAAUAAUACUAAUUAUACUACUAAAACAAAUAUGAGUAGUAUAUGCGACAAUUCAAAACUUCCAAAUUAUUUUACACGUAUCGUAAAUACUGAUCAUUGUAAUAGUAAUAAUAGUAAUACUAUUACUACUACUAGUAGUGCAAAUUAUCAAGACUGUGUCACUAAUCCAAUUUAUUCUAGUCGAAAUUUCAUUGACGAAUUAACAGUUGAUACGAAUUUCAAUGAUAAUGAUAAUAUAAACAAUCAUGGAAAUGAUAAUUUACCAUUGAAUGAAAAAACAAUGGAUAAUUUUCAUAAAACAAUAUCAGAUUAUGAUACAUUAUUUCCUCAAGACACAAAUGAUUAUAAAAAUCCAAGAUAUUCAUUAGAUUUGAAUGAGUUAGCCACACCUCAAACAGUUGGCCAUGUAUUUGUCAUGAAAGCUACUGCUUAUCCUACAGAUGAAUAUAAUUUUCUAUCGAAUCCACCAUUAUUUGAUUCAUCAACCACGGCGAUGAUGACAACGACGACAUCGACGACAACAACAGCAGCAGCAGCAACCUCAAUAUCAGCAACAUCUUGUGAGAAGUUGAGAAAUCAUGAAAAAUCUCUGAAAAACAACAUGUCAUAUCAAGAUGACAAUAUGACAAGAACAACAACAACAACAAGUGAUACGCAUAAACAUAACAGUAAUCCUAAUGAUCAAUCUGAACCGAUGCAUACAAUUAGUAAACCUCAAUUAAGACGUGCAUAUUCUUUGAGAAAACCAUCAUCUAAACAAACACAACCAUAUACAGAUUUAUUAUUAUUAAACAAGAAUACCGCUAACACUAACAACCAUUUGAACAAUGAUGAUAAUUCUAAUUAUAAGAAUAGAUUAUUAUUACUAGGAGAAAAUUCAUCAUGGUUGCGUAACAACGCAUUGACAAUAGAUGAGAUUAAGAAAAUUUCUACAAUGUAUGAUGAUCAAGAAGUGAAUAAACUAAGAAAACAAAAUUUAUCCAUGUGUAAACCAGACAAUGAAAUGAUCUAUUCAAAACUAAUGAACACUCAACAUCAUCAUCAUCAUCAUCAAACAUCAGAUAUCACUGAUGAUUCAUUUGUAAAUAAUUAUAAUGAUAUAGAAUUCAAUAGAAAUUAUUUGAAAUGCAUUGAACAAGAUUCAAAAACUGCCAUAGCAAAAUCAAUUAUUUCUGAAAGUCCAACAGUAACUUUAUUAUCUGCACCAAAAAUAUCACAAUCUGCUGAAAUUUAUCACAUUGAACGAGAUUGUUGGAAUAGACGUUCAGCCGGUCACCAACAACAACAACAACAACCACAUUUGUAUCAUCGUCAAUUAUCAUUUGAUUCACAAUUUAAUAAAAAUUCAAAAUAUGAAUCGAAUACAUCAUCACCAGCAGCUAGUAGUCGAGCAAGUACAGUAUUUUGUCAACCAUGGGAUACUGCACCGAUUGGUCCAUAUAUUGCAGAUUUAUUAAAAUUAAAUCCACCAUUUUCAUUAACUCUUGAUAAUUCACAUCAACUAACUAAUAUUCAUCAUUCUUAUCCUAAUACUAAUACUACUACUAAUAAUAGUAAUAAUAGUAAUACUAAUUCACAAUUAAAAAAUUCCUAUUUACAACGUAAAAAUACUAAACGUAAUCGUUGUAAAACAUUAUCUAGUAUUGAACAUCAAUUAUGGAUUGAACAUUUAAUGACAGAUUAUCAUAAUCAAUGUUCAUUAUCAUCAUCAUCGUCAGUUAUUUCACCGAAUCAACAUUUAAAUAAUAAUAAUAAUAAUAAUAAUAAUAAUAAUAAUACUAAAAUGGAUAUAAAUAAUCGUUUAAAUUUAUGGCAACAGCAGCAACAGCAACAACACCAACUGCAACAACAAAUACCCCAAUAUCCAUUGAACAAUGUAACAUUGAAAGAAUCUUUAUCAAAUUCAAUAGAAGAGAUGAAUGAAUUUUUUAAAAGUUUACAACAAGAUUAUGCAUCAGACGCUAUGACCACACCACUGACAACAGCGAUGAUGACAACAGCAACAACAACAGCAGCAAACACAACGAGAUCAAUGAUAACAAAAAAUGACCAUGAAAAACUAUCAUCACCACUUCCAAUGAGAAAUAAUAGUAAUCUAUUAAAUUAUCAAGGACAUUUAUCAAAUGAUUAUACAGAUGAUAUUAGUCCAUACGCUGUCACCACAUGUCAUUCAUUGCAUUGUAACAAUACUACUACUAAUAAUAAUAAUAAUCAUACUGAUUUAUUACAAACACCUAAUGAUUGUAACCAUCCUAGUGAAAAUUAUUCAUGUAGAACAACAAAUGAAUUGCACAAUUUGCCAACAACAUCUCAAACAACUACAUCAUUGGAUUUUCAUCGCAACAAUACCAGUAAUUACAUUAUUCACAAUAAUCUUCGUAAUAAUAUUGAAGAAAGGCAUAAUGUUCACAGUAAUAAUACUACUAGUAUUACCACUGAUACUGUUCUAAAUGAUCAUUACAAUACCAAUAAUCAUAGUGCAAAUAAUCAUGCAGAUAGUACUACAAUCGACGAGCUCAUACCAUAUGAUUAUUCAUUGUCAAAUAAAUCAAUACCAUUGGAUUUCAUUCAAAAUCUAUGCCCUGAUUCAUUGGAUAAUAAUACGAAUCAUGAGAAAUUAUGGCCAGAGAAUUAUGUUUGUAAGUGUGAUUGUGUUUUUUUUUGUUUUUAA